UGUGAUAGUGCCCUCCUCGGCAAUAUUUCGCGACGGGCUGAAUGUGUCCCUGAUCCUUACGGUUGUAAUUUCACGUCUGGGAAGUUCGCUUUCUCUUUUUGUUUGUAAUGUACAUUUUCCUCGGGUCCAAGACCUUUGUCGAAAUCUCUCCUUUUGUCCCGAUCUAAUGUCGGAUAACAGGAGAUUUAAUAUAGACGCCUGUAAAUUCCGUGCCACUUACAGCGUGUCGAACUCGAAUUCUGUAUUUAAUGCAAGAUUAGCUGAUUACACGAUGAAUCCCUUUUUAUUUAGGGUCGCUCUUUUGUGUUCGUACAAUAUGAUGUCGUAUGUCGUUUUAGUAGGUAUGAUUGUGAAACGGGUACUGAUAUCUGAGAUGGUGCGUUAAAUCGAUUAGAUGAACCUACUAAUCAAAACGAUAAAAUAUAGCCAUUUCGCCAGUUGUUUUAUACUCCCGCAUAAAGAUGUUGUUUCACGUUAUAUUUAUUUGCACACUGAUAUUCCAUAUCCCAGAUAUUUAUGGGACGGUUUAUACAGAUUUAAAUGCAACCGAUAAAUUUACCGAUUUUAAAUUAAAAUACAAUAAAGAGUAUAACAACUCGUUUGAUGAAAGAAAUCAUUAUUUGGCAUUUAUUAACAACUUGAAUGCCGCAGCGGCACUCAACGCUACAUCGCAAGGGAGCAAGACCAUCUAUGUGAUGAAUAAAUAUGCAGAUUUGGACCCGGCGGAAGUUGAGGAAAGCUACGCUAUUCACUUAAAGACUUAUGAUGCGGUCAAAGAAGGAGAUCAUCAGGAGGUAUUAAGAAGUGAUCAUGGAAUUGAAAUUAAUGACAAUAAUCUGUUUAAUUUAAAAAAUUCCGAUGACCUUUUUGAAAAGUAUAUUCAAGAGGAACAAAGAAACUUAAAGGACAAGCGCGACGGCUUUAUACAUUUCUACAGGUUUGUUAAGACACUGGCACAGAAAAAUAGAGGCAUCUAUGAAGGCAACGACGCUCCGGACCUGGGGCAUACUGCGGAUAUAUUGACAGAAAGCAAUGAGUUUUUCUAUUGAGGUUAUUUCUACAACGGUCGUCGUUAAUUCGUUUUUUAGGGUUCCGUAGUCAACUAGGAACCCUUAUAGUUUCGCCAUGUCCGUCUGUCUGUCUGUCUGUCCGAGGCUUUGCUCCGUGGUCGUUAGUGCUAGAAAGCUGAAAUUUGGCAUGGAUAUAUAAAUCAAUAAAGCCGACAAAGUCGUACAAUAAAAUCUAAAAUUUUUUUUUAGGGUACAUCCCCUACACGUAAAAUGGGGGUGAAAUUUUUUUUUCGCUUCAACCCUAGAGUGUGGGGUAUCGUUGGAAAGUUCUUUCAAAACUAAUAGGGGUUUUCAAGAAACAUUUUUUGAUAAAGUGAAUGUAUUCGGAGAUAAUCGCUCCGAAAGAAAAAAAUAAAUGUGUCCCCCCCCCCUCUAACUUUUGAACCAUAGACCAUAGUUCCAAAAAAUAUGAACAAAAUCGUGGAAGUAGAGCUUAAGAAAGACAAUUAAUGAAAACUAUAGCGGACAUGAUCAGUUUAGCUGUUUUUGAGUUAUCGCAAAAAGUUUUCCCUUCAUAGUAAAAAGACUUACUUUAAUUAGGUACUGAUUAUGCAAAUUUGCCUAUUUGUUUAACUCGGGUGAAAGGUACCGUUUCAUCCCUUGGUUAACAAUUUACUAUACUUUAAGCUCCAGUUUAGCUUAUUGUGACGGAAGAGUAACUACGGAACCCUACACUGAGCGUGGCCCGACAUGCUCUUGGCCGGUUUUUUAUUGGAUUGUAUUGUCUGGAUAUAAUAAUAUUUCUGUAACGCCGGUUCUUUGACUUCAGGAAAUUAUUUUUCUCAAGCUUGCAAUGUAAUGUUGACAUGACUUACUUCAAAUUAGGUCCGGAAAUACUACAUGUCAGGUGCGAUGAGUGAAGAUGAUAUGUACCUAAAGGAAUUUCAUACAGCCAUACACACCUAGGCCUGUAAGGCAACCUUCUUUUGUUUUUAAACGUCAAAUUAUGGCAUGUCUUGGCCAACUUAACUUAAACUUAACCAUAAAAAACCUAUAAGCAAAAUUAUGUUUUUUUCUAGUCAAAUCUUUAUAGGGCUGUAUCUCCUAAACGGUGCGUCGUAGCGCAGAAAUAAUCAAAUUUUCGUUCCCCUUUCGAGAACCCUGAAAUAAUAGUAAACCUACUAUUAAUACCUAGUAACUGAGGUAAUGUCCAACCUGAACAAAGGGCGCCACUGUGGAGGCGUAUUCUGUGACCUGACAAAAGCUUUUGACUGUGUCAGUCAUGAAAUACUCCUAAAUAAGCUUGAGUACUACGGAGUUCGUGGCACAGCUCUUAAUCUUUUUGAAUCUUAUCUGACUGAUCGUACACAGUAUGUAGAGAUUUCUUGUGGAGAUAAUAUUAACAUAUUAAAUACGGGGUGUCACAUGGUUCAGUACUUGGGCCCUUAUUAUUUCUAAUAUUUAUUAAUGAUUUACCAGUAAAUCUUACUCAUGGCACACCAUACUCGUACGCCGACGACACUAGCAUAAUAUUAAUUGCGAACACUGCUCACGAGUUUUGUUCACAAAUCGGACAUGCUGGAUGGAACUAGAAAGGUGGUUUACUUGCAAUGGUUUGAAAAUAAAUUGUGGGAAAAGUUUUUACAUCAUCUUUCGCCGGAGCUUUAGAAGUACUGAUUUAAGUUGUAAUUUGCCUAUAGAAAAAUCUGAUUGUAUUCGAUUUUUGGGAGUAGAUCUUGAUCCAUAUCUGAGGUGGCAUAGCCAGAUAGAGACGGUAUGCAAAAGAUUAGCCAGUGCAUGUUACUCACUAAAAUGCAUUUUAAAAAUUGCAGACUCCACUAUCUUAAAAACUGAUUACUUCUCAUAUUUUGAAAGUAUUUAGAUACUGUAUUUAAGUUUGGGGUAACGGCCCAGGCAUUAAUUCGGUGUUACUCUUGCAGAAAAAGGCACUACGUCUUAUAACUGGAUCCAUACGUAUAC